GUAAUUAUUUCGUGAAAAUCGUGCGUACAUGCGAAAUAUAACGCUCCCCGUAUUGUCAUUCGGGCGAUAUUAUAAAUUUUCAAUAGGAUAUUUUUGCAUUCCGGACUGGACGUUACUACAAAUAUCGUCAUGGUUAGUUAUCGCUUUCUACGAUUUCCGAGGCGCAGCUACAGAUGGUUCAAGGAAAAGCAGAGAGAUUGUAUUGUUUUAUGCGGAAUUUCAGCGGCAAUAUACGUCUUUCUUCUAUUAAAUCAAGAGGUGAAGAUUUCAUACCUUAAAGGAUACAACGGACGAAAACCUAUUUACUACCUUAAUGUGGCCAACUUCAACAACAACAACAAUAGAUGGAAGACACCAGGAUUCCUUGGUGCAUCAUAUCAAAGGCUGUAUGAUCUUGCUACCAGCGUUAGAAAUAAAUGUGGCCACACCAGCAGUAAGACACGGGCUGUGAAAGUAGAGACUUAUUCAAGUAAAAGCGAAAAGGUGAAACUAUGCGCCGUGUGGAAAGUGGGCACAACAUUUUUCAAACGGUUGUUCAUGAUUAAUACUUUGCCAGAAUACAAAGAUAUUGUCAAUCCUUUCAAUAUAAGUUUUCAUGUCAUGUACGGCAGUAAACAAUUAGUGGUACCGAAUUCUGAUGAUGUUCAGAGAUUCCUGUUUGUACGCGACCCGUACCAUCGUCUACUAUCUGGAUAUAUAGAUAAACUCUUAGCACCGAAUCCAGUCUACUGGAAAAUAUUGGGAGUGCCCGCGAUUCGGUUUGCAAGAGAAAAACCGGAUAACAAGAGCUUAUCAUGUGGUCAUGAUCUAACAUUUCGCGAAUAUGUAAAAUAUGUUGCUGCCUCAAUGACCUCACGUAAAAAGGUAAAUCGUGACAUGCAUUUUGACAGCUUCACUGCAUUGUGCAAACCGUGUCAGAUAAGUUAUGAUUUUGUCGGCAAAUUGGAAAAUAUCAAAACCGAUGCAGUAGCAUUAAUGAAAUCUUUGAAUUUAAGUAGCACAAUUGAAUUCCUAGCCCACCAUGGGAGCGAACUUGUCACGGACGACGCUAUCAGAGAUACGACAUACCAACCAUUUGAUCCAGAAUUUGUACCUCUCGUAAAGAAAUGUUUGAAUAGAAUGGAAGUAUUCCAGAGAUCUUGGUCGAAGUUAAAAAUGCGCGGCCUUAUUGGCAACUAUAAUCUGACGAUUGACUUUAGUACUGGAGGCAAUUUAACAUAUAGCGACUUUCUAGAUAUGGCGCGAAAUGCUUACCGGAAGUCAACGGCAGAAGAACGGAAGGAGCUGCAACAUAGCUCGUUUUUGAACAUGUUUUCUACUGUUGAUAAAGAUGAUAUGGAAACUAUUUCAAAAGCAUAUGCUGAGGAUUUUAUAUUAUUUGAUUAUGAGGCAAGACCUACUGAAUUAUUUAAGAUAUAAAUGUACCAUUUUCUAUAGAGUGAUGGAAUAAACAGAAGUAACUCAUAGUCAUUCAAACCAAUAAAAAAACUUCAUCAAACUGAAUGAGAGAAAAAAAGGUUUUUAAAACGCGUUACUAUUUAAAAAUAUCUUUCAAUAACUAUAUGUGUGGUUAAUCAUUUUCUCAAAACAUCGGACUUUUGAUAAACAAAUGCAAGCAAAGAGUUAUUCUUCAUCAUCAUCAUUAUUAUUAUUAUUGCUGUUAUUACUGAUGUUGUUUAUAUUAUUAUUAUCAUUAGCAUUACUGUU